AGCUUAAUAAAUGUGGGGAUGCUCCUCCCAUCCUGCACCAUCCCGAGAACUAAAGAAGGGUACUUUCUCUUUAAAUGUAAAUUACCUCCUGCCAGCUCAGCUUUCACAGCUCUGUAACUAGGAGGAGAGGGCUGAGGGCGGAGGGAGCCCGCAAGGAAGCCUCACGCCAGACCCCAAACCUUCAGGACCCGAGUCCCAGCCCACAACCAAUGGAGGACAAGAAGAAGAAAAGGAGUCCUAAACCCUGCCUGACCCAGCCAGCCCAGGCCCCAGGCACGCUACGCAGGGUCCCCGUGCCCACCAGUCACAGUGGCUCCCUAGCCCUGGGACUCCCUCAUCUGCCAUCCCCUAAGCAGCGGGCCAAAUUUAAGAGGGCAGGCAAGGAGAAAUGUCGCCCAGUGCUGGUCGGAGCAGGGGGUGGCUCUGCAGGCACGCCUCUGCAGCACUCCUUCCUGACUGAGGUGACUGAUGUCUAUGAGAUGGAGGGGGGACUGCUGAACCUGCUCAAUGAUUUCCACUCCGGCAGGCUGCAGGCUUUCGGAAAGGAAUGCUCCUUUGAGCAGCUGGAGCACGUGCGGGAGAUGCAGGAGAAGCUGGCCCGGCUGCACUUCAGCCUGGAUGUGUGUGGGGAGGAGGAGGACGAGGAGGAGGAAGAGGAUGGUGUCACUGAGGGGUUGCCUGAGGAGCAAAAGAAGACAAUGGCAGACCGCAACCUGGACCAGCUGCUGAGCAAUGGGACCUGACAGUUUGUAUGUGUGCUUGCCUCCCAGAGAUGAAAGCAGUUUCCUCCUCCCCACCACCUCCAGAGUAUUUAGGUAUAAACAACUUCCUCAACUCUUUCAGUCUUGCUGAGUCAGAAUUAGCCACAAACUGCCCCCACCCAGGUAGAGGAAUGCAGGAAGAAUUUCCCAAAGAGUAGGAGAAAAGUGGCUGCAGGAAGUAUGUUUUCCCUAAUCAAAACCUUCGCAAGUACUUUGGCAGACACCAAUCCACCACAAAACUUGUCUGAGGUCCUCCUCCUCUUUCAGCAUUGAGCAAUUAUUUUUACUGAUUUAGAUUAUUCCCCAUCCAGUCCGAGUCAGAAAUUUUGUGCACGCACUUGUGUGUAUAGACUGAGAGAGAAGAGGGUAAGCCACCUAGCCAGAAAAGCAGGUGGGGACUGCAACCUCAGACUACGGGUCACCCCCACCUCCGCCGAGUCCCCUGACCCGGCCCCUUUGCGCAGUUGAGGGAACAGCCUGUACAGGAUGGGAAGACAGGGCUGGAAAGACUGGAGCCCAAAGCAUCAUAAUCCUUGACUG